GCAAGGACACCAAAAGAUGGUGGUGGGGAAUUAGGCUUCCAAAAUAAUGCGUGCGUUUAAAAGCGAUUAUUAAUUACAAAAUGCUAGCAUAUAUUGUGGAGUGUAAAGUAAAUACUAUCAUUUAGCUAUUGUGAAACGGAAAGGACUGAAAAGUGUUUGCGUAAUGUUGGUGCGUUUGUUUGGGGAUAGUGAAAAACGACAGUUGUAUUUAUUUUAAAAGAGGAAAUUUUACAAAGUUUGACAAUAGAUACACUUCAUACUUACAUAAAAAUUCAUUAUAUUUGAGCAUCUUUAGAGAAUUUUACAAGUCUACUUUUUAUUUAUAUACUUUAUACUAUUUUAUACACAAGAAAAAUGAGUACAAUGGAGAGCAUUGAUGAAAGAAUUUUGAGGCAAACCAAACUUUCAGUGUCCAGAGAUCUUUUUAACGUGAGGCCUAGUAUAUUAAAUUAUGAUCGGUUUAUACCCUCAAGGGCUCACAAUAAUUGGGAAACUAGUUAUGCUACAAUAUCUGAAGGUAGUAGAGGCCCCCAGCCGGGCAAAAAGGCCAGAGAAGGUGGAGAAGCUGGUAGAGAUAGUUCUGUAUACAACAUCAUUCUUCGUAAUGAAAUAUUGGGUGAAAAUAAUGAAGACAUUAAAGUACAGUGUGAUGAUCGUCAGGCUUUAACCCCUAUUAAAAGUAGGAAUUUAUUCAAAUAUGGGACUCCAGUUAAGAAUGAAAAAACCCCCGUGAAAACUGUGCAAGCAAGUCCGUACUCCCUGUCGCCCCUAAGCGUCAGCAGUCAAAGAUUGCUGCGAUCCCCUCACAAAGCGACCAGGAAAAUAUCCAGGAUACCUUUUAAAGUGCUGGACGCUCCCGAAUUACAAGACGAUUUCUACCUCAACCUGGUGGACUGGUCGGUGCAAAAUGUUCUCAGCGUCGGUCUAGGCAGCUGCGUCUACCUCUGGUCUGCGUGCACAAGUCAGGUGACCCGUUUGUGCGACCUGAGCAGCGACGGCAACGUGGUGACGUCGGUGGCGUGGAGCGAGCGUGGACAUCUGGUGGCCGUGGGCACGCACAACGGCUACGUGACCGUGUGGGACGUGGCCGUCAACAAGCAGGUGAACAAGUUGCAGGGGCACACGGCCCGCGUGGGGGCGCUGGCGUGGAACGGCGACGUGCUCAGCUCGGGGAGCAGGGACAGGCUCAUUCUGCAGCGGGACACGAGGACGCCGCCGACCGUGACCGAACGACGCCUCGUGGGUCACCGUCAAGAGGUGUGCGGUCUGAAAUGGUCGCCCGACAACCAGUACCUGGCGUCGGGCGGCAACGACAACCGCCUGUACGUGUGGAACGCGCAGUCGCUCUCGCCCGUCCAGACCUACACCGACCACCUCGCGGCCGUCAAGGCCAUCGCCUGGUCCCCGCACCACCACGGCCUGCUUGCCAGCGGCGGCGGCACCGCCGACCGCUGCAUCCGCUUCUGGAACACUUUAACUGGCCAGCCGAUGCAGUGCGUGGACACCGGCUCGCAGGUGUGCAACCUGGCCUGGUCCAAGCACAGCUCCGAGCUGGUCUCCACCCACGGCUACUCGCAGAACCAGAUCUUAGUCUGGAAGUACCCGAGUCUGACGCAGGUGGCCAAACUCACAGGCCACUCGUACAGGGUGCUGUAUUUGGCGCUGUCGCCCGACGGCGAGGCGAUAGUCACGGGCGCCGGGGACGAGACCCUGCGCUUCUGGAACGUCUUCAGCAAGGCAAGAUCUCAAAAGGAAACGCGCUCGGUUCUCAGCCUCUACACCGGUAUCCGGUAAGCGUCUUUUCCCACGUUAGACCGGUGCAGAAGCCUUUAAAAAUAACAGUAGGAUGAAACCCAUUGGAAAAGGAGGGGAAUAUAAUAAAAAUAA